AUGACAGAAUCUACUGCCUCUUUCACCUUAUCAUUCGUCGGCGACGUAAUGCUCGGCCGUCUCGUCGACCAACUCUUCCCCGAACACGUCAACAGCGACGACGAUCGCCACAACGCCAACUACUUCAUCAAAAUGUAUCCAUCCAUCCUCGCAAACGGCAAUUACACCCCCUCCUCACCAUGGGGAACAACUCUCCCCCUCCUCCGCACCUCAGACCUCUUCCUCAUCAAUCUCGAAACAUCUGUAACGACCACACCCGACCCCUGGCCAAAUAAAGUAUUCAACUACCGCAUGCACCCAUCCAACCUCGCACCGAUCUUGCACGCCGCGCACGUAGACUAUACAAGUCUCGCCAAUAAUCACACACUGGACUUCGGGAACGACGGACUUGUCGAGACAGCAUGGACACUCCGCCGCGCCGCAAUCGCAUUCACAGGCGCUGGCGAGUCUCCAGAUCAAGCAUUCAAACCUGCCACGCUAUACCUGCCCCGACAAACACAAGAGACCAGAACGAGACGCGUGGACGGAGCAAAGAAGACCCCCCUUCCAACCGCGGAAGAAAAAAACGCUGCUGAACGGGCAGGAUAUCUCAUCCAUGUAUAUUCCGCCGCGGACCAUCCACGCGAAUGGGGAUCCAUCCCAGCAUUCCAUUUAAUAGAUUACUCUCCCGCAACACGGACACGUCUCCGAACUCUGCUCCUAUCAAAUGGAUCACGAACCCAUCCCCCCGAAAGAGCGGGACAAGUGGAACCAGGCUACGAAGAUGAAUCCGAUAUAUACCACCACACCGCGCAUCACCACCACAAUAUCGCCCCGGACCCGGACGCACGUCCAUCACUGAAGAUAUUCUCCGUACACUGGGGUCCUAAUUACUGCUGGCAUCCGGCGGAUAAAAUCCGGUCGUUGGCACAUUUCCUGAUCGACGAGUGUGAAGUUGAUAUUGUGCAUGGACAUUCGUCGCAUCAUGUGCAGGGUGUGGAGGUUUAUCGAGGAGGGGUUAUUAUUUACGGCUGUGGGGAUUUUGUGGAUGAUUAUGCUGUGAGUAUGGAGUUUAGGAAUGAUUUGAGUGCUGUGUGGAGGGUUAUUGUUAAGGAGAAAGAGAGAGGGAAAGGGCUUGUGCUGGAUCGAUUGGAGAUUUUUCCGACGAGAGUUGAGAAGUUUAGGGCUAUGUUGCUUGACAAAGGGGAUAGGGAUCAUACGUGGGUUACAGAAAGGAUAGAGGAGCUUAGUGCGGAUUUGGGGACGAGGGUGAAAGAGGGAUUGGGGGAACAGGGCCAGAUUGUUGUUGAUAUAAAUGGGUAG